AUCUCCCUGCAUCGUAAAUGCUACAGUGACAAAGGGCAUUGAUGGCUCCUUCUAUAUAUAAACCUCUUUAUACCCAUUCGUGUAGGGGUGACUUAACUUCUAAUGCCCCACGUCUCUCCCUCCCUCUCUCUCUAAACACUUCUCUCUUCGAAUCUUUUGUUUUUUUGCUUCAUUUUACGAUGCCCCUGCUUAUUGAGAAUGACUCUACAACUUUCAGCUUCUCCUCGCCGUCGCCGUCGCCGUCGCCGUCUUCGUCGGGGAGUUUAUCCAUGGUUCUAUUAGGGGAGAGUGAUCAGUCAGGGACGGCGGUAGACUCCAAUCGGAAACGAGCCAAACGGCCGAGAGAAAACAGCAACAGCAAACACCCACUCUUCCGUGGGGUCCGAAUGAGGGCAUGGGGGAAAUGGGUGUCCGAAAUUCGUGAGCCUCGAAAGAAGAGUCGGAUCUGGCUUGGCACUUUCUCUACCCCUGAAAUGGCCGCACGUGCCCACGACGUUGCCGCUCUCACCAUUAAAGGAAACUCCGCCAUUCUCAACUUCCCUGAACUCGCCGAUCAAUUCCCCCGCCCCGCUUCCAACUCCCCUCGCGACGUUCAAGCCGCCGCCGCCAAAGCCGCCUCCAUGGAAAUCCCAACUCCCCCACCUUCCUCCUCCUCCUCCUCCUCCUCCUCCUCCUUAUGUCCAUCGACGCCGGAGGAACUGAGUGAAAUAGUGCAACUCCCGAGUUUAGGAACGAGUUACGAAACGGCCGAGUUAGGAAACGAAUUCGUAUUCGUCGACUCAGUGGAAGGUUGGCUUUAUUCAUACCCAUGGUAUCAAAGAGUGAAUAACAAUGCAGAUGAAGAACAGAGCCAUGGCUUCUUCAGAGACCAGAUUUCAACAGACUCCAUAACUCCUCCAUCUUCAAGCUUCGAAGCUUUCUUAUGGCAAUAUUAAACCCCCAUCUCCCCCAUUACACGUGUGAUUUCUCUUCCCUCUUCUCCAAUCCAAAACAAAACAUUUUCCAUCAAAUUUCAAAUCCCCUGUGUUCUUUCGUUUUCCCCCAUUGAUUAUAUGAAGCCAAAUACAGUGGUUCUUCAGGUGUUCAUCAGUGAGUAAUAUCUGUUGAAUAACAAUAAAUCAAAUUAAA